CUCAGAUGGCUGAAGGAGAUCCAGUGCCAGCUGGACCAUCCCGCAGGAGGAUCCAGGGAAGCUGCCCGAGGCCCCACCAGGCCAUGCUGUCAGAAGCUCCUGAAAGCAGAACUGCUGAGCCUGGGGAGGUCAAGGAGGACUAGGAAGAGGUUCUGCUCACCCAGGCCAAGUAUGAGACCCCCCCAAGUCCUCCAUCCCCAGCACCAUGGCCUCUGAUGGCCCUGAGGACUUACUUCGAUGGACCUUGAGGACAGUGUAUACCAUGAUGGGUCCUGACAGAGGAGAUGGCCAACAGGUGGGAUCGUCACCUGACAGUAGGGGACAGAAGCCACGUUGCAGAGAUUGGAUAUGGACACCUUGAGGUCCGGCAGAGCCCCGGAGCGAGCAGUGAUCAUCAUGAAGUAUGAGAAGGGACACCAAGGAGCGGCACUGUUGGAGCCUGAAGAAGAGGACAAUGAAGGCGGCUGAAUUGUCCCAGACAGGCUUCGGUUCCUGCAUGAGCAGAAGUUGCCCCAAGACAGCACCCUGGGGGCAAAGUGUAAACAGGUGCGCAGGAUCCAGAAAUGGAUCAAGAUGAUAAAGAACCACAGCAAAUAUUGUGGCAGCGAGAAGUUUCAGCACAGAAUUUAUAAGGGGAUCCCUGCCCAGGUGCGCGGGAAGGUGUGGGCCGUGAUGCUGGAGGUGGACAAGAAGAAGGCCCAGAAUCUGGGCAAAUACGCGAUCCUAGUCAGUGCCUCCUCCACGUCUCCUCAGACUCAGCUGGGACUGGACAUGUAUGUUUUGUGCCAGAGGCUUUAACCUGCUCUCUGCUGAACUCACCUGGGCAGCUUGGCAUAAGGCCAGAAGAGAGGAAUUGCUGUGCCCAUGAUGGGUGGGGGUCUCCCAGUAUAUCACAAUGGUGUGAGGUCGGGAGCCCCACAGGCUCUGUGCUAACAGGGCCUGCCCUUCGCUGGCCCUGCCUUCACAUGCAAUCGCACCCCUGGCAUUGCCCUUGCCUGGAGUGGCUGGUCCGAUGGUCAGACAGCUCUCAAUGCUUCCGGGAAAGGAGGGAGCAAGGACUGGUGUGAGCAGAGGGCUGGCAACUGCAGCUGACUCUCGUGUCCCUGGCUGCCAUCAGGGAGCAGGGCCCAGCUGUGUGGCCCACCCUGCCUCCCCCAAGUCUGCAGUUUGGGGCUACCCUGGGAGCUGGGCCUGGAGACAGUCAUUGCCCAGACUCAGCUCCAAGCCAAGGGUGGCUUCCAACGUCUAGAUGGAGAUGGGCCCCUCCUGCACGGGGCAGCAUGGAGCAGUGGUCAGGCUCUGGCUGACUCCUGGAGGGCAGGGCCUGAGAUGCCAGCGAGGAGGAUCAGAAGCCUGGCUGGGGUCAGACCACGUCUAUGCUGAGAGCUGAGGGCAGGCAGGGGUAGUGCACAGGGACCUUUCAGAGCCCCUGUCUGAUACUGACCAUCGGGGUCCCAGUGGCCCCCUCAGCAGGGAUGCUGGCAAGGGGGUGACAUGGAUGCUGAGGCAAGUAGGGAGCCCAUGACCCCCCCUCAAUGUGGGACCCAGAAGGGAAUGAGCUCCCUGCAGGGAACUCUCCCUGUCAGCCAGAAGAGCUGACGUGGACGUGAGGUCCUUGUGUGGCAAUGGGGCUUUUGCUAGUCCUGAGGCUGGCCCCUCCCCCUUGUCCUCCCCAUCCUGCCUUCCUCUCCCUAGAUCCUAGUCAGUGCCUCCUCCACGUCUCCUCAGACUCAGCUGGGACUGGACAUGUGUGUUUUGUGCUAGAGGCUUUAACCUGCUCUCUGCUGAAGAUGAAAAGAGCAGGCCAGACUGGGCGCCAGACACUUCCAUCACAUCGACUCCGCCAUCACAUGGGCUUUCAGAAACCACCUGAUGUUCCAGGAAUGUUACGGAAUGAAGUGAGGCCUCUGGGCUGGGGAGGACCCGGGGGUGGGAGGAGCAAGGGUCCUGGGGCACAUGGGGUCCCUAGGGAAGACUUGGGUGCAAACCUGAAACAGUUCACUUAGCACAGAAAACAAAAUUGCCUUUUAUAUAUUAUAUAAACUUUUUUAUAUUAUAUAAACUUCCCCAAAGACACUGUGGAGAGAAUGAAAUGAAAAGAAACACAAGGGGAGACAAUAUUAGCAAUCUACCUUAUUAAGGUAUUAUUUCCAGAAUAUUCAAGGAGCCCUUCAACUCAGUAAGAAGGAAGCAGUGGGCAGCCUCCUAGUACCCCAGGGACACAGGCUCAGGAGGGCCCCUUCAUGACGGCACACACAAUUCUACUCAAUGCAUGAACACAUGCUUAGCACCUAAACCACAACGGGGCACCAGUGCACAGCUGUGAGAAUGGGGGAACUAAAACCACCGAGGACACCGGGUGCUGGGCAGAACGUGAGGCGAGCGCCACUCUGGUUCAUUGCAGGAACAGAGCACAGUGGCCCAGGCCCCCGGCAGCACCCAGGGCCAUUUCUCACAAUGAGAGACACACACCUUCCACACAAACCCCCAGCACACACGCACAUGUACACAAGCACCAGAACAGCUGAGUGCAUAAAACCCUCACGCAAGAUUCAGGGUUAUGUUCACAGUCACUGGACGCAGGACUACCCUGCACGAUGCUCAGUGGGGACACAGAUAAGCAACCCGUGUCACAGCUGAAUCCGAGAACAGGAUUCAGUGAGAGGCAGGAUGAGGCUCGGCCCUGGGCACACCUGGAUGCAUCUCAGGUGCAUUCUGCUAAGAGAGGAAGCAUCCCUCAAAGGCUACACGUGCUGUGAUCCACUCACAGGACGUCUGAGAAAGGCCGAACCCUGGGACACACAACAGGGCAGUGGUGGCCAUGGGCUGGGGGAGGUGGGAAGUUUGGCCACAGGGGCUCAUGGGGAACACAUAGGCCACAGGAGCUGCUCCCUACCAGGCUGAACGUGCAUGGGAGGCUGACUCUCCACAGCUUAGACCCACGGGACUGCACCUCCCACAGUGGGACACUCACCUGUGCAACGAACACCCACCUGGGGAGAUGAAACUGCACGUCACUGCACCCUGGGAGAUGUUAGUGUCCCUGCAGGCAGUGCUCACCCACAUGGUGGACAACACACAGGUGCCCUGAUGACAUCACUGCUCAUGAGCAGAGUGUCACAGGCCCUGCGUAUGGCUGUCAUACUCUGUUAGGCAUAGCCACACUGAGAGCCUCAGCAGCACAGGACGCACAGCCUCUGUCCUCUCUCUUCCAGCCAACGCACCUUAUUCCAAGUGCUCAUGGCCUAUUCUGUUUACAAUCCCGUGAGUAUUCUGGGAUCAUAUCGCAGGUGCUAUCCCGGCAGUCCUUGUAGGGCACCCUUGGUCACAGAGAUCCGAGCCUGUGUUGAGGGGGCCUCUCUCAUCCACAGCUCUGGGACAGAGGUGUAGAGGCCAGGCUCUGGGCCUCCUUGGACCCAACCUCAAGUUCUGUGAGGAGAAAGGCAGCCUUCUCCUAGGCUGGCCUCCAGACCCCAGGAGCUUGGCUGAGUUGGGACACCCCUCCCAGGACUAGCAUUCCACACAGUGGGGUGUGGGGCGAAGGCAGGACAGAUUAGGUGUAUGACUUUGCUCAUCAAAGUUGGGUCUGGGUCCCACUGAUGCCAUUACACCCACCAGACAUGUGGUUGGACCCAUGGGCCUGAAUCCCACUCCACACAGCACCACUGCCACAACCACCCACUCAGACCUUUCCCAUGCAUGGAGCAGGUGCAGGGCUCCAUGGGUGACCCAGCAAGGCCUGGACAUCCCCAUCCCCUGACCUGCCACUGGCCAACCCUGCCUGGUGCCCUGGUUCCCAGGGGGCCUGGCACUCAGGAAGCCCAGGCCUGUACCCAUGACAGAGGCACACCUCCUAUUUUGGUCCUGGUAGCACUUCCUGGCUUACUUCUUCCUCAUGUGAGAAAGGGCCACCACGUCACCUGCAGAGCUCAGGGGUCCAGAAGCUUCCAUGGGCAUGGGUCUGGAUUCCCACAGCAACCUGACCCAUCCUGACAUCUUGUAGGUAACAGGUCCCCAUACUUCAGGUCUCCCCGCUGUGCUGCCUAAGCUCAGGCCCUGCAGGAUUCCCUCCAGGAACUUGGAGAACUUCGAUGGGCUCCAAUUCUUGGGCUGCUGACACCAAAUGGCAGGAUUCAGACACAGGGGCUCCCUCCCCAAUCUUCCUAGACCCUUCAGUGGGUGACCUUGAUCUCCCUGAGAGGUGGGCCAUCCCAGGAUAUUAUUCUUGCCAGGGGAGGUCUAAAGGUAUUCUGGGAUCUUGCAGGAGGUGGGCUACAGCCAGGGCCUGAGCCAUGUGGUGGCGCUUCUGCUCAUGUAUAUGCCCAAGGAGGACUCUUUCUGGGCCCUGGUCCAGCUCAUGGAAAACAGUAAGCACACGAUGCACGCCUUCCUAGGAGGAGGCUCUAACAUGGGGAUGUGGCUGAUACUAUUCGGGUUUCUACAAACCGAACACCCCAAAACUGGAGCGAUUCCAGCACCACCUGAGAGAUAUCAUGCAUCGCGUGCUCCCCUCCCUGGAGAAACACCUGGAGAAGGAGGGUGUGUACCUGGAGGACUACACCGUGCACUGGUGCAUCCAGGGCUUCCUGGAUGGGGUGCUGUUUCCCCCAGCUCUGAGGAUGUGGGACAUCUAUAUCCUUGAGGGUGAGCACGUGCUCACCACCAUGGCAUACACGGCCCUCAAGAUCCAUCACAAGUGCCUGCUGAAGAUGUCCAGGGACCACAUCCAUGGGUUUCUGCAGCUGACCCUGAAGCAGGCCUGGUCACUGAGUGAGGAUGCGGUCAUCAGGCAGCUGCGGGCCUCCAUGCGUGAGCUGGGGAAGCUCCAGUGCCUCUUGCCUCCUGAAGCCAAGGCCAUCGAACGGUGUGGCAGGCCCCUGGGGCAGGCACGCGUCCCCCAGAAGCAUGUUCCUGCCCCCAGUGCCAUGAAGGCCAAGAUCGCCAUUCAGGACACAGUGGCAGUGUGGGAGCAGACCAGGGGUCCCGCUGCCCGUGCAGUGAUGAUCCAUCCUCCAGAAAGCUUUGGCCUCCGCAUUGCCGUGAGGGAAGGCAUCGAGGAGGAGGAGAGCUGCGAAGGCAGCCCAGAGCCCCUCGGCCUGGGCUCCCCUGUGUGGACCGCAGAGUCUCCACGUGUGGCCAGCCCCACGGAGACUCCAGAGAGCUCAUGGGGGAGGGGAGGGCUGUGCCAGUGUGCCAGUCUCCCUAACCUGAGCGGGCCAGGACAGAGGGAGGACGACUCUUCUGAUGCUGGCAGCCGGGAGGGCCUGUGGAUGUGGGCUCCUCCACAGGCCUUGGAGCCCCUGGAACCAGGGCCCAUGCAGCCCGUCCCAGCCUGGGGGCCAUGGCUGAAGACUCCCCACUACUGGCAUGGCAGCCCCAUGCACUCUGGACAGUCAUGGGCUGGAGCCGGCCAGAGCCAGCCCUGGGCUGGGAGACCAGGCCCGUGUGCCCUCCCUGGCCCGAGGCCUCCUUACCUCCUACUCCAUGGGGCACCUGGAUGAUGGGUGCCUCCUAGAAGAGAGGCCGAGCCCACCACGUGUCCUGCCCAGGCUGGGCAGCAGCCUUCCGUGUGUCUUCACGGCAUCCUAUACACUUGAUUGAGCCCCGACCCCCCAGGCUCUUCCUGGGGCCAGGAUACCCCGUUACUGCAAGACAACAGCAGUGCUGGGAGCCACUGUACUAACCCCUGCCCCCUGCCCCUGCCACCCUCAGGUGGUGCUGACCCUGUAUUAAAUGGUUACAAGGAAACGUGUUUGCUCCAGUUUGUGACCCUGGUGUCCAUCGGGGUCUGGGUCAGGGUGGGAGAGCAGCAGCUGUGAGUGCCCGUGACCUCUGGGACAGAUCGGCACAAUAGGAACAGUCGUGGUGGGAGGGCCUGAGUCACCUCUAUGCUCUCGUAGACCUGGGCAGCCGUGUGCAGCAUCCCUGGCUUGCCCCCACAUGUCUCUCCCUUCUGUCCUGUAUAUUCUGGAACCCAGCUCCUCUUCACCCUGACACCGGGAGAGGGCCCCCAGCAUGCUCGGCUGGGUCCUAGGGGGAUGCCAGCAGGGCCUUUCUGUACUGCUGAGCCCUGGUGUCUGCACUGAGUUGCUGGGGGGAGGGCUGCCAUGGGUGCUGUGGGCUGGCCCCGCUUGCCCCAGGCCCGGCCCUGGUCUAGUACAGCGACCUGCUUUGAGCCCAUCCCCUCUGCCCCCACCUGUCCCAGCUCCCCAUGGCCUCCUGUGCCACAGCUGUCUGCUGCUGCCUGCAGAGCUGGCUGCCUGGUGACUCCAGGUGCCCUCAGGGAUGGGGACGGGGCCUUUCUCUGUGCUCUUCUGGGUCUGUAGGUCAGAGCCCUCGGGUCCCAGCCAGGCCCACCUGAGCCCGCAUUCUGAUGAGGGAGAGAUGUGGCCUUUGCCCCCUAGAACGUGAGCCCUGGCCCCGGCCUCAGCUGUGCUGGAUGGGAGUGUGCGUCUGUACCACACCCCGUUUGUGAGCACAAGGCAGAGGCUGCAUCACAGAGAUGUGGACUCGCUCUGUGUGUCUGGCCCCACCUGCUUCUCCUGUCACAGGUGCUCAGGGCAGGGGCCCAGCCUUCUUCCACGCUGUGUGGUGUCUCCCGAGGCCAUGGCUGAGGCUAUUGCUACUGUCUCUGGGAAUCAGCCAGCCCUGGGAGGCACGGUCUGUUCCCAGUUCUUCAGGGGCUCACGCGUCAGAGCAUCAAGAAUACAAAAGGUGAAAGUCACAGUUAGUGAACGCGGCUCUGGGGUGAACAGACAGCAAAUAGACAAAAUGCAGAGUCCAAGAAAAUAUGGUUAAAACUCACCCUGCCCCCACCCAGACACAAAGCCACCUUCCACAUCCUCUUGUCCAUCUCACAAAGGCCAAGCAGGUCAGGUGAGAGUGAGAGGGCUGCAAUCCCACCUGCAGGAGGCUUGCAGGGGACACAAGGUGUCCAGGUUUUGUCCAGCGUCCAGCAUGGUGGGGGAGAGGAAAACCUGGAGAGAGACAGACCUGAUUCCACAGCGCCUCUGCCACUGGACAGCUGAGCCAUUGGCAAAGUCCCUUCACCUUCCUAGCUUCCAUUUGCUGUCCUGUGAAAUGUCAGUGACAGCAGCACCUGGAGCAGGCAUCCUAGAGACACACAGGCUGGUGUUGUGGCACAGUGGGUUAAGCCGCUGCCUGCGAUGCCAGCUUCUGUGCUGGUCCGAGUGGCCGCUCUUCUGCUUCCAACCCAGCCCCCUGGGAAUGCGCCUGGGAAGGCAUCAAUGAUGGCCAGAGUACUUGGGCCCCUGCCUCCCAAGUGGGAGACCUGGAUGGAGCUCCAGGUUCCUAGCUUCAGCCGUUGUGGCCAUUUG